AUGGCUCAACGACAGGGAAGAAGGUCAUUAGGUCUCGCACCUUUACCUGGAUUACCUAGCAAGGUAGAUAACGGGUUGACCGAAGCUCAAAAGUUUGAAGACUUUCGUCGCAGACAUAGCAAGCAGAAUAAAGAUAUCAUCCUAGAUAACGUAUCUCGUAAAUCGAUGAUCAAAGGCUUACAAGAUGAUAUCGCUGCGUUACAUACGGAAUUACUCGAAGUCAGACAGGCCAACUUGAUCUUACAAGCGAAGAUCAAAAGAGUACAGAAAGAUGCGAAUAAGAAUAUUCUUGGUGGAAAUGGAUCACAAGUUUUCGAAGCGCUCAAUCAACUCAUAUCUGCAUUCCCCGCUCUAGAACAAUUACGAGACAAUCUGUCGACUACAACAGCCCUGCAGGAAGAUGAAGAUGGAAGUCAGAGGAAGGGAAAAGGGGGUAUGGGGAAUGGUUGGGUAGUGGAGAAUACGUAUGCAACUCGACCUGCUGAAGUGGCAAGGCAGAAUCAUGGAUUGUGGUCUUUAGUGGAAGCUAGUGAGAAUGGAAGUGAGAGCGAGAGGGAGCAGCAGGAUUCUAGGAAAUCGAAAGUGAAACAGAAAGCUCGUCAUACGGGUGUAGGAUCAAUAGCCAACUCACGUUCACCUCGACGGUCCACUCAAAGUCCCAUAGUGACAUAUGUCGAAAUCAACUCCCCUUCACCCUCAUCGUCCAGAAAGUCCGUAUCGCCCAGUCCCAGAAAAGCCAAACAGCAUAUUGUCGGAGAGAAGAAACAACGUAGGAGACGAGAAAGCGGAUUAAUCACCAUCCCACCGAAAUCACCCUCACCGUCACCAUCACCCAAUCCACUUAUGCAUGAAGACGUGGGAGAAGCAUCGGAAUGGGAGGAAGGUAAAGCGAUAGAGCUAUCGCCGUCUGAUACCAACCUUAACGAAGAUGUCUCAAUGCCUCAAGAUAUACUUAAUUUAGCUCCAAGCGCAACUGGGUCUGGGUCUGGGUUGAGGGAGGUAGAGUUGAUGGAUACCAUAAGGGAAGUGAGCAGUUCAGAUAGCGGUUCAGGAUCCUCCUCGUCCCGUCAAAGACCUUCGACUGGCUUACCUGUACCUUCGGAAGAGUUGGGUAACGUGGAACAAGAAGGAGGUAUAGGGAGAGGUAGGAGAUCCAGGUCUAGUGUGAACUAUAAAGAACCAAGUUUGAGCAAGAAAAUGCGUAAACCAGAUGGAAUAUCCACUGAAGAAGUCUUAUUAUCCACCAACAAACCGCCUUCACGAAAAUCACUCAUACCGAAUCCAAGUUCUAUACUUCCUCCUCCUUCCACUUCGUCUCUUCGACCCAGUACACCACGUAGAAAACCUUCUUCUUCGUCCUCGACAUCGACGUCGGAAUCUCCUUUAUCACCUGUGCCGGCAUCUUUUGAAGUCAGUCAAUCUAGAAAUACGUUAGGCCUGGCUAAACGUAACGACAUGAGAAGGGAAUCUACACUACCUAAUCCCGCUAAUCAGAAAAUACCAAUAGAAGGAGAAAAUAAAGAUGAAGAGAAUGAUGUGGAUGAUUUAGUUGAUUUGCAACUUGAGUCCGAAUUGGGAUUGGGAUAUCAAGAUGAUUUGGAUAAUGUUCAACUCCGAACCGAGAAAUUAAUAUUGAACAGUCCAUCUAAACUCAAACCAUCAUCAGUAUCAACGAAGAAGAACGGUCGAAAAGAUAUAACGCCUCCGAAUCUACCGAACUCAGCAGACAAUAAUCUACCAUUACCAAAACGAACUUCCUCGUUGUCGAGUACGAGUAGAUCGACAUCUUUUAGACCUACUUCCGUAACUAUCGCUUCCAAGGACUUUUCCGGAUUAGGGCUAGGUAGACCUAUCAUGCCUUCUUUUAAUACUGGCUCGAACAUCGCAGGACGCCGAAAUAUCACACCUAUGCCUACGUCCCAUGCUAGACUUUCAGUUGAUUCGAGCAGGAGGAAGACGGAACAGGAGAUUCAAAUUUUGGCUGAAGGCGAUAAUGUUAACAUCCCUACUACCACGAGCUCUACAACAACCAGGAAGGUUUCAGGAGGUGAUACGUUGAGUAAGAGAGGUACGAUGUCAACUACGAGAAGAAGGAUCAGCGCAGCUGUAUGA